AUGGAUCAUCUAAUGUUAUUAAAACUGCUUAUAUAAAAAAACUUAACAAAAAUAUUGUUUUGAAGCGUAAAAAAGAUGACGAGUCCAAUAAAAAAUUUUUCAGAGAGGCGCAAAACUUGCAUAAAAUUAUGGCAAAUGAAAAUGUUGUUAAAUUAAUGGGUAUUAGUAGAGAUCCUUCUGAUGGAUUUUAUUACACCGUACUUGAAUACGUAUACGGACAAGAUCUUCGUAGCUAUUUACAAAAAAAUUUUCACGAACUCAGUUGGUCUACUAAAAUAGAAAUGGGAAAAGGCAUCGCAGAAGGCUUAAAUUAUGUCCACUAUUCGAAUGUUAUACACUGUAAUUUGAAUCCAAAAAAUAUAUUGAUCAAUGGCAACAGACCAGUAAUUACAGGAUUUAGUUCGUCUAUGUUGCUAGACAAAUCUAAUGACAAGGCCUCCAUCGAUUCUCACGAAAAUUCUUAUGAUGGUUUUGUCAACCUUGCUUAUUUUGAUCCGACUUACCUUAAGCCGGAAACUUCGGGUUGUCAAAAAGAUAAAUGUUUUGACAUUUAUAGUCUUGUCAAACAUGUUUCGAUUUCUGUUCAUUACAAUGGUUUGAAAUUUAAGGGAAGCUUUUCCCCAAAAGCGUGCUUAUCAGAAGUACGAAGGUUAUUGAGUGAAAGAAUUUUGAUAAAUGAAGAUGAUAUUAGAUUGGACGAGAUUAUUCAUGAAAAUUCAAUACGAAUUGUUAGUCUAAGCACACCAGAUUGGUCAAGUUUUGUUAAAACUUGCGAAUACGGGUUCCAAAUAACCAAAGAAGGUCAUAAGAAAGCAAGUAAAAAGGCAAUAGUCAUCGGAGACUACGAAAAAGAAAGUUUAAAUACGAGAGAGGAAACCAUUCGUCAUAUAAGUCAUUUAGAGCACUUAUGUGAACUGAACUUGGCGUCAAAUUCCAGCGACAUAAUUUUACCAUGGUUAUCCAUCUGCCUCAAACUAACCAAAAAAAAUUUAGAAGAAUUAUCAGAAAUUUCAUCAAAUACCUACAAUAUAUCGGAACACCCUAUGACAUGCAUAAAGAUGUCUAA